ACUAACUACAUUAAUCUACACACAAAAACAAAAACAGACAUGGAGAAUAUACAACAUAAGUCGAUCAAAGUAAAUGGCAUCACUAUGCACGUGGCUGAGAUCGGAGAAGGCCCUGCCGUGCUUUUCGUCCAUGGCUUCCCGGAGCUCUGGUACACAUGGCGUCACCAGAUGCUGUAUAUAUCCUCCAAAGGCUACCGUGCCAUCGCACCUGACCUUCGUGGCUUUGGAGAUUCGGAAGCACCGCCUUCCUCCACCAGCUACACGGCCUUCCACAUCGUCGGAGACCUGGUGUGCUUGCUUGACUCGUUGGAGCUGGACAAGGUUUUCCUGGUGGGUCACGACUGGGGUGCUAUAAUCUCAUGGUACUUGUGUCUUUUCCGGCCAGACCGUAUCAAGGCUUUGGUUAACAUGAGCGUCGUUUAUAAUCCUAGGAAUCCCUUGGUGAAACCUGUCCAGUUCAUGCGACAGACUUUUGGCGACGAUUUCUACAUCUGCAGGUUCCAGGAAAUAGGAUGGGAAGAAGAGUUUGCAAAAGUGGAUACCAAAAAACUAUUGGCGUCAUUUUAUUUCAAACGAAAUCCAAGCCCACCAAUGAUGCCUAAAGACUAUGCAAAGUUGUUUAAACCAGAUCAAACCACGGUACCUUGUUGGUUUACAGAAGAAGACCUCGACUACUUUGCAUCCAAAUAUCAUGCCACGGGAUUUGCAGGACCAUUCAAUUACUACCGUUGUUUUGAUCUAAACUGGGAACUAUGUGCAGCGUGGACAGGAUCUAAAAUUAUAGUCCCGGUGAAAUUCAUAGUAGGAGAUAUAGACAUAACAUAUAACUUUCCAGGAAUAAAAGAAUACAUCCAUGGCGGUGGAUUCAAGGAAUGGGUAACAGGACUGGAACAAGUGGUGGUCAUGGAAGGAGUUGGUCACUUCAUCAAUCAAGAGAAGCCACAAGAGAUCAACAACCAUAUUUACGACUUCAUUACCAAGUUCUAAUUAAUUCAUAAGUGUAUGUAGGUGUGUUUUCUUGUAAUUUGGAUAUGAUUGAUGUAGCUACUCCAUAUGGUAAUUUACUUUACAUUCAAUAGUUUUCACAUUAAAAUUUACCUUA